AUGGAAACACUAGUCAUCAGCUCACUUCCAUAUGCGUUGUCAUUACUCAUCAUUCCUAUAUCCCUAUCUUUUUUCUUGAUUUCUCAAAAAUUGAAUGCUGGGGGCUCAAACUUAAAUGUUCUGCCAGGAUCAAGUGGAUGGCCAUUAGUUGGUGAAAGUAUCAAGUUUGCUUUAGCAGGUCCUCAAGAAUUUAUCAGAGAAAGAACAAAAAAGUACUCUCCGGAUGUAUCUCAAACGUCACUACUAGGAGAAAAAAUGGUUGUGUUCUGUGGAGCUCAAGGAAACAAGUUCUUCUUCACCAAUGAAAGUAAACUACUUACUUCCUGGUGGCCACAGUCCAUGAAAAAGGCCUUGCUUUUUCCUGAGUUUGUCGAGACUUCUUUAAGGGAGUUUCAGCUCUGA